UCAGUCCUCUGGUCUGGGCGUAGCGAUCCAAUGAAGGGUACGACGCCGCUGAUGCUAACGCUUCUGCUGCUGCUCCACCUUCCUCCUGUGUGUGUGGCAGAAAACCUGCGAACUCCCCAGUACUUCUACUGUGGUUUCAGUCAGACGUGGUGGUCAGCGCGGUCCUACUGCAGACAACACCACACUGACCUGGUCACCAUCAGCGGUCAAGCAGACAACGCCCAGGCUGUGCGUGUCCACGGAUGGAUCGGUUUACACCGGGGGUGGGGUGACCCCGUGUGGAGGUGGUCCAGAGGAAACCAGAGGGCCAACUUCACCUCCUGGGAACCAAGUCAUCCUCAGGACCAUGAACACUGCGCCUUUAAGUACCAGGGCCAGACGGUCUGGGAGAGUGACCAGUGCAACACACUACACACAUUCACAUGUUGGAAUGAACGACUGAUUCUGGUGAAGGAGAACAAGACCUGGGAGGAGGCCUUAGAACACUGCAGGACUAUGGAGGACCAGGACCCCAUGGACCCCAUGGCCUACAACAGCCACCGCUACAACCUGGCCACCCUGGUCACUGCAGAUGACCACCACUACGCCCAAGAGAAGAUCCAAGAGGCCACCACUGACACGGUGUGGACCGGUCUGCGGUUCCUGGCCGGUCAGUGGCGGUGGGUGGGUGGAGAAGCGGCUCAGUUUGAGGGAGACUGUCCACCUGAUGGGCGGGGCUGUGGUGUUCUACAGAAGAAGGGACCACCUCACCUCCAAACUGAAGAGUGCACCCACAAACUGAACUUCCUCUGCUACAGGAGGACGCCCACCAGUCCGGACUCCACAUGUUCUUAAAGGGUUCUUCUUCUUCCAUGUAGGGAACAUUACACUGCCUUUCCACUACGUGGAACCGGUUCAACUCCACUAUGGUACCAGGUCCUAUUCCAGACUGUUUCCACUCUGGUACCAGGUCCUAUUCCAGACCCUUUCCACUCUGGUACCAGGUCCUA